AACGGAGCCCGGGAGAGGCGAGCCGAGAAGCGAGAGCGGCCGGAGGAGACCCCCCACCCCACCCCACCCCCACCCCGGGGACCGAGCGAAAGGGGAAGGGUCGCCGGACGCUCCUCUGCCCCGGGGAAUCCGGCCUGCCCUGCGCUGGACCACCGACCCGCAAGUUUGCCACCUUCUGAGAAGAAAAUUUACUCUCUCUGUCAACACCAAACAUGUCCGUGAAGACCCCUCCAGGUUCUGCUCUGGGUUCCCCCGAUUGCGGGGACGUUUCUAUCAUCUUCGUGGGGAAAUCCGACGUUGGGAAAUCGGCUCUUCUUAACGCCGUACGAGAGAUGACCGAAGAUGAUGUCGGAUCAGCCCCCGUGGGGACUGCAGUGAAAUCGGAAAAGCCCAUCCUGUACCCUGACCCAACUUACAAUAAUCUACUGCUGUGGGAGCGGUCGAUGGAGGGCAAGGGCCACGCGGAUCAAUGGAUGAGGGAGGCCGAACUGAUUGUGUUGGUGACCGACAACAAGUUUGAGGAUUCUCAUGGCCGCCUUGUGUUGGAGGCCCGGCAAGCUGGCAAAAAGGUCUAUUUUGCCCGGACCAAGGCUGAUCUGGACCUUCACACUCUCAAGCGGUUGAUGGGGCAACGUUACAAUCGGUCGGAAGUCCUCCGGGCCCUCCGGGAGGCGUGUACCGAAUCUCUGGGGACCCUCCCUCUCGUGGAUCCCUUUGUAUACCUGAUCUCUGCUUUUGAGCCUGGCGCCCUUGAUUGCCCCCGGCUGCGGGAAGAUUUGCUGAAGGACCUGCACCAGUAUGAAAGGGUGCAGAAGCCCACGCACCUCAGCUUCGAAGAGUUCAGCGAGAAAGAGAUUGCCGAGAUCCAGGAAGCCUACGAACUCGGGGGCCUCUCUGAAGUGGUGACCCGAAUCCAGGGCAGUUUGGAAACCAUCUGGAAUGCCCAGCUGGAUAUUGCGAUCACCGGAGAAUCGGGCGCUGGGAAAUCCACCUUCGUUAACGUCUUGAGGGGCAUGACUGAUGAAGAGGAAGGGGCGGCCGCGACGGGCGUGACAGAGACUACAAUGAAGCCCACGCCAUAUCCUUAUCCCGGGCACGCCAACGUGGUCCUCUGGGAUCUCCCCGGUAUAGGAACACCCAACUUCCGGGCUGAUAAAUACUUAGAGACGGUGGAGUUUUCCCGUUAUGAUUUCUUCAUCAUCCUGGCUUCCGAACGAUUUAAAGAAAACCACGUCCGUUUGGCCCAGGCCAUUGUCCAACAGGGAAAGCAGUUCUACUUCAUACGCACCAAGAUCGACAAUGAUUUGGAGGCCGAGCGGAGGAAGAAGAACCCGCCCACCGAAGCCCAAGUUCUGGAGGUGAUCAGAAAGGAUUGCCAGAGCAAGCUUUCCAAGGCUGGGCUGAGCGGUGCCAAGGUGUUCCUUCUCAGCAAUUUUUACCUCGAGAAGUUUGACUUCCAGGCUUUUGAGGAAACUCUGGAGCAGGAAUUGCCCACUCAUAAGCAGCAGGCUUUUCUCUUGUCCCUGCCCAACGUCUCCACGGUGAUCAUCGAGAAGAAGAAGAAGGUCCUUCAUCGGGAGAUCUGGAAGGUGGCUUUGAUUUCCAGCUUGGUAGCUGCUGUCCCUUUGCCGGGCCUGGCCUUCACCUGUGAUGUAACCAUUUUGCUCAAGAAGUUGUCCAGUUACCGGCAAGACUUCGGCCUCGACGCUGCCUCUUUAUCCCGUCUGGCUGAACGGUCUGGAAAGUCCAUGGAGGUCCUGAGAAAAGAAGUACACAGCUGUCUAGGCCGAAGCAUCAACAAGGAUGUGGUGAUCAGUUUGCUGGGAAAGGCCACUGGGACAGGCCUGAUGGUGGCCAACUUUUUCCUCCAUCGGUUCCCGAUUUACGGAGCCCUGGCCUCUGGCGGUAUCUCGUUUCAUACCACCUACUCCAUGUUGGGACAGUGCCUCGAAGAGCUGGCUGCCGACUCCCAACGCGUUCUUAUGAAGGCCUGUAAAAGUGACGUCGGAUGUGGCUAAGAUGGUUUACCCCUCCAACCGCAGUUCCCAUCCUCAGCUGGUCCAGCUUUUGGUUGCAGUGGGAGGGCUUCCCUUGUUCCCAUUUCUGAUCCUCCCCGGAUCUUGUCAUGGAGGCUUCCGUCCCUUAGCUUCUAUCACUAUAACAAGCUACUUUCAGCAUUGCGGCCUGUAAUAUCUUGAGGACUAGGAACAAGCGUUUUGCUUUGGCUUUGAUGUUCUGGAGACAAGAUUUAGAUGCACCACUUUGCCUGAAAAUCAGCCCUACGGGUUAUUUAUUAUUUGAAAUGUAUUGUCCCUCUCUCUUCUGGCAUGGACAUACUGAAUUUGAAUGAAAUUUAAGGUUUUUGUGGCAAAUUUCUUCCCUAGCCCUAGGGUGACUAACCAAAAAUGGGGAAGGAGGAGGGGAAAGGAGGGGCGUAAUAUCCAAUCAUAUUUUCCAGAGAUAGAUCUCCAAUGGGAAGGCUUGGUUGGAGCACAAGGUUGAAUUUAAGAUUUCCCCGAUGGUGAUUUAUGGUGGCACUUCCUUGGCU